CCGACAUCCCCAUCUAUGUGAGUACAUCUCCUCAUCAUCCAGGACGUUGAGGAGGCAGUGGGUUGGACUGAGGAAAGAUCGGAUGGGAGAAAGCGAUGGAUGGGUCGUACACGGGAUGGAUGCCAUCCACCCAGCUCAGAUGUUGUUUGUCCCUUGCUCACCUCUGUACAGUCACCAUGGGCGCAUACAAAUACGUCACCGAGCUCUACAAGAAGAAGCAGUCCGACGUCCUCCGUUUUCUCCUCCGCGUCCGUUGCUGGGAGUACAGGCAGCUUAAUGUCAUCCACCGCGCUUCCCGCCCUUCGCGCCCGGACAAGGCUCGCAGGCUCGGGUACAAGGCUAAGCAGGGUUAUGUCGUUUAUAGGAUCAGGGUACGCAGGGGUAACAGGAAGAAGCCUGUGCCGAAGGGUGCUACAUACGGCAAGCCCGUUCGUCAGGGUGUGAACCACCUCAAGUUCCAGCGCUCCCUCCGUUCCACAGCAGAAGAGCGUGUCGGCAGGCGGUGCGGCAACCUCCGCGUGCUCAACUCCUACUGGAUCAACCAGGACGGAGUGUACAAGUACUACGAAGUGAUCUGCGUCGACCCGAGCCACCCUGCGAUCCGCCGCGACGCGAGGAUUAACUGGAUCUGCAACCCCGUCCAUAAGCGCCGUGAGGCCCGUGGACUGACGAGUAUCGGCAAGCAGAACAGGGGCUUGGGCAAGGGCAGCAGGCACAACCAUACCCCGAAGAACGCGACCUGGAAGAAGCACAACACCCUCUCUCUCCGCAGGUACCGCUAGGCGUGAUCGUCCGGAGGAUUGGCUGUUGGUUGGUGUGGGGAGGAUGUCGGGGCUCGAGUACUUUUUGUGUCCGUUUGUGCAUGUUACAAUGGUAUGCUUUGCAUGUCGCCAAAAUAUGAUUC